UGGGACAUGCAUGACAUUUAGUAGCCAACCAUGUCAAAUUCCCGAGACUAAUCUAUUGCUAUUUCUAUGCACAUUUGCAAGCAUAUUUUCUCCUAAUUUGUAGUCAACAUUUUAAUUUAAGAGUUUGAUUACUUUAGCUAGAUCUUGAAAGCCGUACAGUAGGUUUUUAUUGCAGAAAUUAAAUCCGAAUUAAUGAAAACUAAAACAUAAUGGUAAAUGGAUUAUCAUUAUUGUCUUGUCACAUAGUGCAGUAGUAGGCCUACUGUCAGUGCAAAAUAUUCAUACAUUUUUAAAACUUUUGGUGCACUUGCGUUUAUUAGAGUAGUAAAUAGAUAUAGUCAAUAGAUAAACUAUCUCAGUGAAACCAGCACAAGGAAAUAUAGCCAUGGCUUUUUCGUUAAGAAAAACGUUUUCCGACCUAUAUAACCAGCGGUCGAUAAAACGAGGCUGGUCAUCGCUGUGUAUUUUAAAACAACUGCAUUCGCGUGCAGCUGCGACGGCAACAUUUUCAACAUCUGCUCGAAUGGAAUCUCCAGCAAUGUCGGUCUCGCCGCCGAAGUGUUUGAUGAAACCUAUGGAUGUUCCAUCGAAGUUGUUAAUGGGACCUGGGCCAUCGAACUGUCCACCGAGGGUGUUGGCUGCAGGAUCCUUGCCAAUGUUAGGUCACUUGCACCCAGAGUUUACAAAGAUCAUGGAUGAAGUGAAAGAAGGAAUACAGUACAUUUUUCAGACAAAAAAUGAGUGGACAUUUGCAAUUUCUGGCACUGGACAUGCUGCAAUGGAGGCAGCAGUGGUGAAUCUGCUAGAAGCAGGUGAAGUAGCUCUAAUAUGCCAGAAUGGAAUUUGGGGCCAGAGAUUAGCUGAUAUGGUGGAGAGAAAUGGGUCUAUCGCAAAGAAAAUUAUUUGUCCUUAUGGAGAAGUUUUUACACUUGAAGAAAUAGAGAAGGGCUUGCAAGAGCACAAGCCAAGUUUAGUGUUUGUCACAUACGGAGAGUCAUCUGCAGGAACUGCCCAACCACUGGAAGGUCUUGGUGAACUAUGCCAUAAGUAUAAUGCACUACUGUUGGUUGACUCUGUUGCCAUAUUAGGUGGAAAACAGUUAUAUAUGGAUGCCUGGGAUAUAGAUAUUUUGUACUCUGGUUCCCAAAAAGUAAUUGGAGCUCCACCUGCAACAAGUCCCAUUUCCUUUAACCAAAGAGCAAGGGACAAAAUAACAAGUAGAAAAACAAAGAUUAGAUCAUACUAUUUUGAUGCCAAUGAGUUGGCAAACUACUGGGGUUGUGACAAGGGACCAAGAAGAUACCACCAUACUGGAAUGGUUACCAGCGUCUAUGGCUUAAGGGAGGGACUGGCCAGGAUAGUUGAAGAGGGUUUAGAAAAGUCUUGGGAAGACCAUAGAGCUUGUUCAGAAUUAUUAUAUAAUGGUCUGGAAAACCUUGGCCUAGAGCUACUGGUUAAGAACAAGGAGAUAAGGAAUCCAUGCGUUACAACAAUAAAGGUACCUGAAGGUGUCAACUGGAAGGAUGUCACUGACUAUGCCAUGAAAAAUUACAAAGUGGAAAUAGCUGGUGGUUUGGGAGACUUGGUGGGAAAAGUCUGGCGUGUUGGAAUUAUGGGAUACAACUGUAAACCAGAAAAUGUCCAAAUGGUGCUCAAAGUCUUGAAAGAAGCAUUAGAAAAUGUUCGAAAGUGAACUACAGUGACACUAUUUUAAAUGUUAUGCUACCAGGGUAUUGUAAAUGUUAGAGAUUUGAUGUAAUGAACAUGAUUAUUUGUGCAAUGUUAAAUAUAACCAGUUAUUUGUCAUUUGGUUGUUUCUAGAACCACAUAAAAAGAAUUUUUUUGGAUUGUAUGAAGUUAUUUGUAUGUUACUUUUAUACAUGUUAAAAUUGGUGGACAGUUGAAAAUUGUUAUUAAUGUACAUUGUUGCCAGUAUAAAGAUAACUUAACCAUGCUAUAAUUUUUCCCUAAUGAACUGUGAUAUUGUUUUAUGAUACAAAAUUUGCCAAUAAAUAUUUUAAUCAGUUUUUAGUUUUGAUGUACUUGAAAAUGUUUAAUGUCCUGUAAAUUUAUGAAAACAUAGCCCAUCAGAAAAGG